UAACACAGUCGCGACUACCUGUUACCCUUCGAAAGCCCUUGGCUACAAGGUUCUCAGCCUCAGCCGCUUCGCUACUGCUCAAAAUAAUCAAAUUUACUAAUAAUAACAAUAUCUCUCCAUUGCUGAAAUAGCUUAAAUUAUUAGAAGAGAAAACGAUGGCUCUGAGAGGCGUUUGGCAAUUACAAAAGCUGAUUGUGAGUUACUGUGAUUGGGGAGGUAGCAGCAGGGGUAUCAGGGCAUUUAUGGAGUCUCAAUUGCCAGCAUUCAAAGAACAAAAUCCUCAGCUCGAGGUGAUCACCGAUCUCAAUCGUGGUCAUCAUCCAUUUUUGAAGGGUUUAUACAAGAACAAGAACGAGCGAGUUGUAUGCGUUAAGAAUCUGACUCCUGAGGACGUACAUCAGUGCGCAACCAGGCUAAGGAAUGCACUUGGACGAAAGGUGGUGAAGCUAAAGACAAGACACGUUACAAAACAUCCUAGUGUUCAAGGUACUUGGACAACGGACCUGCAGAUGUGACCAUCUAGAAAAGUUUGACGAAGCAUUCAAGUUUUGCUUCAAAAUCAGUUUUUACUUUUUCGAGGACGAUUAUUAGCUUUCAUCUUGUGUUAAAUUGAUUCAGAAACUGGGAUAGUCGUUCAUGUGCUGUGAUGGUUAUUUGGCCCUGGAAAGUUGUGUUGGUCUAGAAGCCAAAUUUCUCCAACAAGAUAUAAAAAUCCUUGUUACCGUUGAGUUUCCUAAGCUGUUCCUUGCUGGACUUUUAUAAAUUAUAUAAGAAUGUUUUCUAGAAAUUCAAU